CCUCUUCCUUCUCUCCGUAGAUUUUUCCGACAUAUACUUACGAGCUGCACUGCACUCUCCACCUCGAAGCGGGACCCGCUCGGUCGCUCACGGCUUUUCUUGCCGCCGCCGCCGCCGCCGAACUCAACAAGGAGCAGCGGCGCCGCGCCACACGCAGCACUUGUCGUUGUCGCCGGACCUCAGAUUGCAAUGGCUACUUCUUCCUCGUUCUCUGCAUACACGGCACAAGGGCAAAUGUCCUGUCCUGAAGCUCGAAAGUCCCCCCAAUACCUGUUCAAAAUAUCCACCUCUUCCUGCAAACAGUCGGUUCAACACGAUGCGGUUUCUUUUUCUGCUUAUAUGACAAAAAUGAGGUUGUCAUCCUGUGGAAAUCCGUUGAAGUUGGCUGUCACUGAAAGAUCUUCACAGAGAAAAGGAUUCUGUUGCUCAGCCAUGGAUGUUGACAAUUCAAGGGCUUCGUUUUCUCCUGGAAAGAAGUUUCAACUCGACGAUGUGAUUGAAGCUCAGCAGUUUGACAGAGAUACUCUUAGUGCUAUUUUUGAAGUUGCACAUGACAUGGAGAAGAUCGAAAAGAAUUCACCUGGAAGUAAAAUUCUCAAGGGUUAUCUGAUGGCUACUCUAUUUUAUGAGCCCUCUACCAGGACUAGGCUUUCAUUCGAGUCUGCCAUGAAAAGGUUAGGCGGUGAGGUCUUAACCACUGAAAAUGCACGUGAGUUCUCAUCAGCAGCGAAGGGCGAAACACUGGAAGAUACGAUAAGAACUGUUGAGGGCUAUUCGGAUAUUAUUGUGAUGCGGCAUUUUGAAAGAGGUGCUGCGAGAAGAGCAGCAGCUACAGCUGGAAUCCCAGUCAUUAAUGCAGGGGAUGGUCCAGGACAGCAUCCGACUCAGGCUCUUUUAGAUGUGUAUACGAUUGAAAGGGAGGUCGGGAAGCUGGAUGGCAUUAAAGUAGCGCUUGUAGGAGACCUCGCUAAUGGAAGGACGGUUCGUUCACUUGCAUAUUUGCUUACCAAGUACCAAGGUGUGAAGAUUUAUUUCGUAGCCCCUGAUAUUGUCAAGAUGAAGGACGACAUCAAAGGGUACUUGACAUCGAAGGGGGUGGAAUGGGAAGAGAGCGCCGAUCUAAUGGAAGUGGCGUCUAAGUGCGAUGUGGUGUACCAAACUCGCAUCCAACGCGAGCGUUUUGGAGAGAGAGUCGACCUCUACGAAGAAGCGCGAGGCAAGUACAUUGUCGACAAAGACGUGAUGAAUGCGAUGCAGAAGCAUGCCGUGGUGAUGCACCCUCUUCCCAGGCUUGAUGAGAUUACGGUGGACGUCGACGACGAUCCCAGGGCUGCCUAUUUCCGUCAAGCGAAGAACGGUCUGUACAUAAGGAUGGCUUUACUGAAGCUUUUGCUUGUCGGAUGGUGAAGCGUGAAUGUCUGAUCUUCCAACAGUUUUGCACUUGACGUUGCGAACUGAGUUUUUCUCUUUUGUUUCGGAGAACAAUUCCAUCACAUGAUUAAAUGUCAAGUUUUGAGACUGCUGAUUGAGGAGAAAGUAUAAUCUAUGGAAUAAGUUUUUAUCUCGCUGUUCACA